GGCAGCAUUUAAUCAAAGAUAGCCAUCAGCUGUUUCUUGAAAACAAGAGUAAAUGAUGUUGGUUUUCAUUUGAAUGCAGUUGGUUUUCAUUGGUCUUGAAGUGUUAUCUGGUGGAAUGCUGAGUGAACUACUACUUUUUAAAUUAAAGAUACAUAAGUUAUAGCUCCUAAGUUCGACAUGGAGUGUCAGCCUGCACAUUCUAAAACCAGCAGUGCUGCAAGGAUGAAGAAGAUGAGAGAGAAACUGAAACUAACUGAUCCAGAGUAUCAGAAGAAUGAAAAUAAGAGAAUAUCAGACCUCAAGAUGAAAAAGAAACAGACCAUGAGCAAGAAAGAACAAAAGGAAUUAAGGAAGUAUGAGAGGGACAGAAAACGUCUUCAAAGAGCAAGGAAGAGAGGAAAACCCACCAUAUCAAGUCUACAUACUGACGUCCCUCGGCUUGAGGCCCCCGAUUCCCUGCUUGCGUGACUGUCCAGUUAUGCCCGUACUGCUCUCGUCGGUGAGGUGUGGGUCCAGGCCAACGUGGCCGGGACCGGGAACUGCGGGACCUGGAGGGAGGAGUUAGGUGAUGAGGAAUAGUGGUAGACUGUUCCAAGGAUAACUCGGCGUUGACGAUUUCACGAGCCUCUUUUAUUGACGUUUUGGAGCCUGCCGCAGCCUGGCGGAACCGUCGCGGAACAAGCGCCCUUCCCGCGGCGACCCGGACUCCCGUAAAACCGUACUGUCCGUUAGGACGUCCUGACACGGAUUGGGAAUUUUCCAACGUAAUACCGACCCCGUUUAAGGUUACUCCGUGAAGAAGCGCAAUGCGUGCGCGGCCCGUUACGUAACGUUCCGUAAGACGAUGAAGGUUCUGAGACCCGUAAUUGCACGUCCGCGUUCUGGAACUCUUGGCUGGUAACGUCACUCGAAAACUCGUAAAUUCAGUAAGGCGGCGAAUGACUCGCGGAGGCAGCUUAACUGCCGCGACAACCCGUGAACUAGAAACGUAAGACUGGCCACGAGCUCAAGGUACGCGCUUCGCGAGCAGCGCGGAGCGGCGUACACGACUGUCCUCGUUCGAGCCCUGAACACGACUGACUCUCCCCGCCCGCCAGCGGGCCGGAGCUCGCGGGCUGCGGGGGAGGGGAGGAGAAAUCGGCCGGCGUGGGAAAGGUCCCGCCCCGUGGCGCGCCAGACUGCAAUUACAUACUAGCACACUUGAGAAAACACAGAAUAUUUACACAGCUAAAUGAAACAUUAAUCAACAACAAAUUUACAGAAUUAAUAAAUUACGAUUACAUUAUUUACAUACUCGUUGAGGCCCGUGACCAUUUGGGAAAUAUAUACAAACACAGAAUUAUCUCUUGCACAAAAAGGCUCAUUGGCCCGCUAGGGCGCACGCGGGUGCGUCCCUGGCCGUCGCACUUCACUGGGGAAAAACACUACCUCAGGCCCACGUCGGUGGCCAGGUACGGCCUCUGCACCUGGGAGGGUACGACGGCUGUCGUCAAUACAUCAAAGAUGAGUAUUGGUUCCGUUCUAUCACCUUAUCUUGCCAACAAACAUACAGCAAAGCUAUGCUGAAGACAUUAAGAGCGCUCCCCAAAUCACCCAAUAAGAAAAAGGCUGUUGUUAGUGGACUAGCAGAGCGUGUUGGAAUUCACCUUUCCAGCAAAAUCGAUAGUGACAUUGCCAAGUAUUCAACAAAAAAUAAUACCAACUAUUCUGUUGUGACUGAUUUCUACUUUCGUCCAGAUAUCAUAUAUACAUGUCCAGGUAUGAAAGACAGCAUUGCUGUGUGGGAAGGUGGUAAAAAAGUAACUCUGCAACGACACUACCUAACUAUGUUCUUACGAGAAGCAUUUGCCAUUUUUAAGGAAGAGAACCUGGACUUCCAGAUUGGAUUCUCCAAAUUCUGUAGCUUGAGACCAAAGAAUGUACUUCUAUUAAAAAACACACCCUCUGACGAAUGCAAGUGUAAAACACAUGAAAGGGCUGAACUACACUUACGGAAAUGAAUUUUGGGAAAACAUUCUGUGUGACUGCAAUCUCAAUUCCCAGUGUUGGCAGAAUUUAUGUGGAAACUGUGCCAAUGGCAAGUUAUUGUCAACAACUAGCCAUCUUGAAACCACAGUCGUUUGGAAAGAGUGGGGAAAAAAAAUGAAAGAAUGCAACUUUUAACUAGAGAAACUUCGAAAGGUGAACUAUUUGAUAAAAUUAUUGAUUGCCUGCCUGAAAUGAAGGCACAUGUUAAUAUCACGAGAGUUCAGCAUGCUGCUUUCCAAAAUGAUAAAAAAGAGAAUGACAUUCAAAUUCUUCAAAUAGAUUUUGCAAUGUCUUUUGGUUGUGAAUACCAAAAUGAAGUCCAAAGUGCUCUAUGGACUCGCUCAAGUGUUCUUCUUUUUACAGCUGCACUGUUUUACAAGGGAAACUGUCAAACAUACCUUAUCUGCUCAGACUCAAAAAAUAAAGAUAAAGACACCAUUUUUGUAUUUUUGGAGUUUCUUUACAGUGAAAUUUUUAAAUGUGACAGAAAUUCUGACAGGAAUCCCAAAUCAGAAAUUAUAUGGAGUGAUGGGCCGUCUGCAGAAUUCAAAAAUAAUUACAUGGUGAAAACUAUUGGAUAUUUGGCUGAAAAGUUCAGGAAACCAUUCACAUGGAAGUAUUUUGCUACACCGCAUGGGAAAGGUGUAGUAGAUGGAAUUGGUGGAAAUGUGAAGCGUCUUGUUCGCCAAAAAAUGCUGAGCCAGGGUGAUGGGGUAAUAGUUCAAUGUGCUAAAGAUUUUGCUUCUCUAGCUGUUCAGGUAGUCAAAAGCACACAAAUCUUCUACAUUGAAGAAAGUCACAUAACUUCAGAAAUAUCUGACAAAACCCCAUGGGAAGAUGUAUUGCCUAUCCCGGGAAUUUCAAAAUUCCACUUGAUUGAGGUCAAUCCAGGUGGCGCAAUCAUUUGUCGAAAUCAAGAUCUUUCUUCGGAUACUCACUGCUUUGGUCGGUCUACUGACUUUGGUGAAGGAUUAGAUGAACAGUGCAAUGAUCUGGCUGUAGGACAUUGGGUUCUUGUUGAAUAUAAUGGAGUCAAGUAUCCUGGUGAGAUAAUUUCGGUUGAGGGCAGUAAUUCAUUCAAAGUGUCUGUGAUGGAAGAGUCCAAUGUGAAAGGACUUUUCAAAUGGCUUAAGGACAUUGCAGAACGGGUUCGAGUAGAUGCUAUAAACUACAGUUCUCAAGAGAUAAUUAAAAAGAUAUCGGCACCAGUGUUAGCAAACAGUUGAUUUUUUUACAAGUUCUGUGAUAUGUGAAUCAAUAAUAUUUCUUUAGGAGACUAUAAGUUUUAAAAUAUUUUCUACUUUUUUCUUAUGCCUGUUUAAAUAGGCUAUACUGUUAAUAUUUUUAUUUCAGUUUAAUUGGGAUAGAUGUUUUUAUUUUAAUUAGCCUACAUAGUUUUUCGUCCAAUGUUUAAUUCACUGUUUUUUAUUACAAGUAUGAUAUAUUGUAUAUUAUAAGUUAUAGGUGUAUGGAAUAACAUAAAAAGAUGUUCUUGAAAUUGAAAACAACAAUGAUAUAAGGUAACGGAAGAGUUAAAAAAGGGUGGUAUGUGCUUAUUAUUUUUAAAGUCGUAAAGUGUCCCACACGUGACACUCUUGUCCCACACGUGACACUAAAAAAAAUAUUCAUUGCUCUUUAAGAUUUAAAAAAUUUAAUGUGUUUUAACACUUAUCAAACAGAUAAUACUUUGAAGAUUACAUUAAAAAUAUUAAAGUUGGCCUUCCUCUGCUAUUUUUGCUGAAAUUUGCCUCUAAAGUUGAAAGUUUAAUUUAAUGGUAGUAACUGCAUGUCCCCCACGUGACAACAUAUAUAUUUUUUUCUUUCUUUUGCCUGUGACACAAUUAUAAAGGUCUAAUCUUUAAAAAAAAAUCAGUUAAUUGUGGUGUUUUCAUGUCAUCAUGAGUUCUUCAAACUAUUCACAUACAUUUACUAUUUUGAUGGAAAAUUUAAAUAUAAAAUGGGUUAAAGUGUCCCACACGUGACAAUGGAAUCACCCAUUUGGAAAGAAGGGCAAAACAGUAAAAAAAUUCAGAGACAACAUGCCUGGAGCAGAUUUCGCUGCUAGUUUCAUGAAAAGACACAAGGAUAAAUUAGCUAUAAGAAUGUGUCAAAACGUUAAAAGAUCACGAGCAGGUGUAACUUCUACUUACUGUUGUAAAAUAUUUCAAGGGUUUGGAAGCAGAGAUCAAAGAGGUUCAUUCCACCAUGCAAUGUGGUUAAUUACGAUGAAACAAAUCUUAGUGACGAUCCGGGAUGCAAGAAAAUCAUAACAAAACGGGCUGCAAAUAUCCAGAGAGGAUAAUGAACUUUUCAAAGUCUUCAAAUUCGUUUGCUGGUGCUGGAGAUGGUGCACUCUUACCUCCAUAUGUUGUGUAUAAAGCAAAACGUGUAUACAACUUGGAUUGAGAAUGGGACAAAAAGAUGCAGAUAUAAUUGUAGCUCAUCUGGAUGAUUUGACAGUGUAUGUUUUGAUGACUGGCUCAUUAAAAUUGCAGUUCCUUAUUUCAACUUAACUUCACAUCUGACAGUGCAUUCAUGUCAAAUCUGUGAGAAGAAUGUGAUUCGGUUGUUCUUUCUGCCACCAAACUCAACGCAUUUGACACAGCAACUAGAUGUGGCUUUCUUUAGGCCUUUGAAGCAUUUGUGGAGGCAUAUUCUUCAAACGUGGAAAGCUGGGCUUGGAAAGAAUGAAAGUGCUGUCCCAAAAGAUGUGCUUCCACACCUUCUAAAUAAACUGAUACAAUCUAUCUUUGAACGCUCAGCUUCAAGCAUCAAAAGUGGAUUUGUGAAAUGUGGGGUGAUUCCUCUGAAUGCAGACAAAGUGUUAAAUCGUUUACCAAAUGACAACCCUCACAAUAUGGAUGAGAUAAGAACUGCUAUGGAUGACUCCCUGAAAGCACUGCACCAAGAAAUGAGACAUAGUGACUCUUCUGCACCAUGCCAAAGGAAGAAGAAGCUUGAUGUUCUGGCUGGAAAAAGUGUGUCAAUGGAUGACUUUCAUCUUGAAGCUGAUGAAGAAAGAAAUGAUCCUAGCACUAGCCUGAUGACCCCUCAUGUAGUGAUGAAAGUAAAAUAACUUCAAGAUCACCUAAAGAAACAACUUCAAACAAUCUGAGAGUUGCAGUUGUUAGUGAAUAAUUUGUUGAUUUUAAUGGUAGGAGAUGCAUGUUUGCUAUGUAAAAGAUACUGAUAUCAGAGAACAGGACUGGUUACUGGUUGCUUUCUACUCGAAUGACACUGUGAUUGGUUGUAGCAAAAAAAACAUUGAAUAUUGAUGUUAUAAAUGUGCUAGAUUUGAAUGGUGUCAAGGAAUUCUAUGGCUCUUUCCUAGGGCCAAAAUGUACAAGAGACAGUUCUGGUUUCAUUUUUGGCUUCCCUGACAUCAAAGACGAAUGUAAUUUUGGCAUUGAAGAUGUCAUUGGUAAGCUAGAGGAACCUGAAAAAUAUGGCAGGGGUUUGCUCAAAUUUUUUGUGCACCUUAAAGAUAUUUGUUAAAAUACUUGUAAGUUUACUGCCAACAUGGUGUAUGUUUAACUGAUAAUGGUACUGGUACGACUUACUCCGUUGUGUAUGAAUGUUGUGGGUUCCAUAGAACUUAUACGGCAACACUUAAUUUAGCAGUGAAUUGCCUAAAACUGCUUACCUGUAAAUUAAUUUUUUUUAAUAAAUAAGUUUUACAGUUUAGAAUUUUGUAAUUUUGUCUUUUUUCAUUAGAAAAUGUUGUUUUUAAGGUGUCGUGAAAGAUGGUCUAUGGAUUAUAAUAAUUUAAAAUAACUUUCAGUUAUUCUAUUCACCCCGACAAGAGGUUGAAUGG